UCACUCACGACGUCCCCGUUGACGUCAUCCCCCGGAGACUGUGGCACGAGUUCAAAGAGCCGAGCAUGCCGGACUUUGAUGUCAGCAUCUACCUCCCUCCCCUGAAGACCAUGAAGAACAUCGUGGACAGGAUGAAGAACCUCUCCAACUUCCUGGUAAUCGAAGCCAACCUGAACGGAGAGAUGAACCUGAAGAUUGAGACCGAUCUGGUUUCCGUGACGACUCACUUCAGAGACCUGGGAAACCCUCCGUGGGGCGAUGACGCCUCCCAGGAUGGCGGCCCGUCUCAGAUCAGGGACCCGGAGAGCAUGGUGGAGGCCAGGGUGGACAUCAGGAGGCUGCAGCAGUUCCUCAUGGGGCAGCAGGUCAACCCCAGCAAGGCCAUGUGCAACAUCGUCCAUCAGAGCGUCCUCCACCUGAUUCUCCUGCAUGAAGACAUGUCGCUGCAGUACUUUAUCCCCGCCGUGGCGUAGACGCUCUGCUCGGCGCUCAGCGCCAGUCUGAGGAAGUAAAAACGGACUAAAUGGUUUCAGGUGUUUCGUCACAUGGAGACAAAGCUGACCGUGCCUGUGCUCCAUCUGACGGAGGCUCAGAGUGGAGCUCACAGGCUCUCCUCCCACCUGUGAUGGUGUUGGAGACGACGGAGGAGGUUUGGACUGCUGAGAUAAAGAGUCUGUGUUUGUGAGACGUUUCGGUGGUUUUUGAUUAAAAACGUGUUAAAGUAAAAACAUUCAAAUAUGUAAGUUGCUUUUUUAAAAAGUGACAAUAAAAUAAAAACUGAAGUAUAAA